UCUAUGUUAACUCUCGCUUAAUCUCUAAUUGACGCUUUUUCUUGUCUAUUUCCUAUAUACACGUAUGUAUGUACAUAUGUAUGCCUCAAUAUUAUUAACAAAAACAAAAAUGACAAGAAAGUGUACCGAGCAGUUACCGAGGAUAGAUCUAACAGAUCCCGCCGCGCGCAGUGAUACAUGGCAAUACUGGCAAUAGCAAUAGUGGCAAUACAUGGUAUUUGACAGCUGUAACGUUUAUCGGAGCGUGCCAGCACGAAAGCAUCGCGUUUCUCCGCCGCGGUUUAAAUGUGAGUUAAUUUAAAGCGGCACGAGAAACGAUUGAAAAAUGUCUAGCGUGGACUGGGAAGAAGUCAAGCGAUUGGCAGCUGAUUUUCAGAAGGCACAGCUCAGUUCGACCUUGCAAAAACUCUCUGAGCGAAAUUGUAUAGAGAUUAUAACAACAUUGGUAGAAAACAAGCUUCUGGACAUAAUAUUUACCAAUGAUGGCAAAGAAUAUGUUACACCUCAGCAUCUUGGGAAGGAAAUCAAAGACGAGCUAUAUAUUCACGGUGGAAAAAUUAGUUUAGUCGACUUGGCGCAAAUUCUUAAUGUUAAUCUGUCGCAAAUAACUAAAACAGUAACAGAGAUCGAGAAGCACAAUAAAGGGCUGAAAGUGAUAUUGGGACAGCUUAUAGAUAAGAGUUAUAUUAGUAAAAUUGCGGAAGAGAUAAACGAUAAACUUGUACAACACGGCUGUAUUAAUGUGGCAGAGUUAACGCUCACUUACAAUCUACCAUCUGAUUUUUUACUAUCAGUCGUCGAAAAGGAACUCGGAAAGAUAAUACAUGCUAAACAAGACUCCCAAGAUCCCAAAAUUUUUUAUACCGAAAGCUUUAUUGCUAGAAAUAAAGCAAAAGUUAAAGGCGCCCUGUCAGCCAUCACAAAGCCUACACCAUUAUCCGCAAUACUCGGGCAAUGUGGUGUACCAGAAAGAAUAUUUUUCUCAAUUCUGGAAAGUUUGCAAGAAGUAAAACAAGUACCAGGAGUUGUAACUGGGAAACAGAGUGGAAAUAGCAUUUACAUACCUACUAUAUACUCUAAGAGUCAAAACGAGUGGGUUGAAAAUUUUUACAAGCAAAAUGGAUAUUUAGAAUAUGACGCCCUUACAAGACUCGGAAUAUCAGACCCGUCAGGUUUUGUAAAACGCCAUUUUCCAAAUGAGAACAUGGUCUUUUUAAAGUCAGUGGCUGUAGGAACAGUAGUAACCGAUCAAGUCGAUGCCAAUAUCGAAGAGGUCAUUGCGACCGGAUCCUUCAUUGACUUAUAUCCCCUUUUACCAUCUGUAUUUAGCGACGAAGAUGCUGAACUUGUCAUCAAAUUAGCUACGAAGAAAAUAAGGGUCAAUGUACAUAUAUUUGCAAAGACAGUUAUUGUUUCUGAGGCAUUUUUACAAACUUUAACCAAAUCCCUUGAAACAGUAACGGAACAAAAGACUCGCGACAUAGUAGCUAGCGGAAGAUGGAUCCAAUCUAUCGCUGAAAAUAAAUUAAAACCCAAAUCUGCGGAUUUAAUCCUUGAGAGCAAAGUGAAUAAAAAGGAAGAACGAAGGAAAAAGGCAACUAUUGGUAAAGCAGGCGGCGGUAGUCAAGGCAGAGAAACCAAGACCAAGUCUACAAAGAAAAAAUAUCUUCAAGGAAAGAUGCAGGAAAAUGAUUCUGACCAAGACGAGACGAGGCAGACAACGGUCGGAAGAGGUGAGAUUAUCGUGAUAACCGUGGAAGAAGUGAAAACGGAAGUUAUGAAAGAUGAGAACAUAGCCGUUAUCGAAGAAAUGGUAGACGAAUUAGCGUGCUAUUUGCAACCAAAAUUGAACAAGUUUGCGUUAACAUUGGCAGAACAAUUGGCGCAAUCCAACAAGACUACUAAUUUAAGCGAGAUUGGCAAACGUCUGAACAUUCUAAUAACAAACAUUCGAAUUUUCGACAAGGGUAUUAAACAUUUGGACAAAGCGGAUCAAGCUCCGCUGACCAAAUACUUGCUUAAAUCUCUAGGUAUUGAUUUUGUAACAAGUAUAUUCAAAUUGGCUGCUCAACAAAAUAUGCUGCAAGUAGCGGAAAAUCUCACUACAGAGACAAGGCAAAGACUGUUGCUUGAAUUACCUGCAGAUGUUAAAGAGCCAUUAACCGUUAUACAUAAAACCGUAAUGGGAGAUUCAGUGGAAGAUUUUUUGAACAAUGCUGAUAGAGCGAUGGCAGCUUGUUGUUUAGUUUUAAAGAAGUACGAUAAAAAAAAGGAGCGACCACAGAUACAUGCUCAUAGAGAAGCUCUGUUGGAGGAGCUGAAUGCUACGCAAGAUCCUGCAUUGACAUUGCACCUAGUUACAAGCGUGCUUUUCACCGCUGUUACGCAAAACGCCUUACAUAUGUCUGGCAGACAUGUAACAACCGUUCUCGCUUUCCUUCAACAGCAACUGGAACCCAAUGCAAUGUUACUUAAAAAGUACUUUUUUCUUUCAGAUUUAGUACUUAAUUUGCUAAGUGCUUCUAAUGAAAACGCAAAAAUGGAAGCCUUUAGGUCUUUGGAGGAAGGAUUGGUGGAUAUCAAAAAUAUUGCAAACAAUUUCAAGCAACAUAUAAAAAUGGACAGGUCUUGAGAGGGAUUAUACAAACGGAUGUAUAAUACAAAUGAUGUAAUAUAGUCUAGAACCAUAUUAUUUGUUAUAUAAUGCCGAUUAAUAUUGUACUUUAUAAUAAAGCUG